CUUUACUUUUAGUCUUUAUUUCUUUUCUUAUUUCCUUUUUGUUGUUGUUUGUUGUGCAGGCAAUAUGGAUGAGGAUGGUAUUCCGGUCCAAAAUCCACCAGUAGCGGUUGGUGAAGAAGCCGCGGGGGCAGGAUACGCAGCUGCAAUUCAGCCCCCGCCGUUGAUUGGAAACUCGAGUUUCCUUAUAACCAACACAAUGCUACACCUGCUCAACACUAAGGGCCUGUUCGGAGGUCUACCCAAAGAAGACCCGAAUAGGCACCUUAGAAAUUUUCUUGGGGUCUGCUCUACCAAUGUGCAUCCGGGCGUCUCAAUGGAAGCAGUUAGGCUACGACUUUUCCCGUACUCUCUAACGGGGGAAGCCACAGCUUGGUUAGAUGAUCUUCCUUCCGGAUCCAUCACUACUUGGGAGGAACUGACCGAAGCAUUCCUCAAGAAGUUUUUCCCUCCAUCGCGGAUGUUACAACUCCGUGACGAAAUCAACAACUUUCGUCAACUUCCGGAUGAGGCUCUCCAUGAAACUUGGACACGUUUUAAAAAGAAAGUCAAAAGCUGUCCCAAACAUGGUUUGCCCGAUGGUGUGCUUCUACAGACAUUUUAUAGAUCUCUAGAUGCGGUCAACAAAUCAGUGGCGAACAACAUUGCAGAGGGAUCUCUUAUGGAUAACUCUUAUGCCACCGUUUGUGAAUUAUUGGAUAAAUUGACCGAGACUAAUGAAGCAUGGCACACUAGAGACUCGGAAGUGGGUGGAGGAAGUUCCUCCAAACAUGUGCUCACUCGUGAGAUGAUCAAGAAGGAGGAAGAGAGAGAUGAAUCCAUGGCAAAACUGGUCACCCAAAUGGACCUUCUGACAAAACAUGUCAUGGGUGGUGGAAGCAAAAAGGUGAACGCUGUAGAAACCUGUGAAGGGGUUCCUCCGGAUGAGCAAUGCUUCCAAAUGUAUGAUGAGGAGGCAAGUUAUGUCAACAAUCUGAGGGAGGGUUCCCGUCCGAACUACCAUGGUCCAAAUCAAGGAUCUUGGCGGCAAGGUCAAGGGAAUCAAGGUUGGAACAGAGAACAAGGUCACGCUAAUUGGAGAGAUCAUCGUGACAAUAAUCAAGGGGGUUACCACAAUCAUCGGACCACAAAUCCGUACGUCCCUCCAAAGGGAAAUCAACCAAUUGCUGGUCAAUCGCCCAACAAGGACUCCACUAAUUCAAAAAUUGAAGAGAUGUUGUCAAGGGUAUUGACAAAAGUGGAAUCCACCGACACCUUCUGCAAGGAGACAAGAGAUGAGGUCAAAUCCAUGGGCCAAAUUGUUAGUUCACACUCUACCUCCAUUAAACAAUUGGAGUCUCAACUUGGCCAAAUCUCUGCAAUCCUAAACCAAAGGCAGAAAGGCUCACUCCCUAGUGACACAGUUGCAAACCCGAGGAACGAUGGUGACCAUAAAUGCAACGCAAUUACUACCAGGAGUGGCAGAACAGUUGGGGAAAGUGAGUUGGUGAAAGAGAAUGUGCUGGGUGAUGAAGAUAAAAUGGUUGAGGAACCCAUCACUGACAAGGACCUCCCGGAAAUUAAUGAUGCCUCGGAAAGCAAGAAAGCGGCGGAGGAGGUACCAAGGGCUUCACCGCCCGUUAUGAGGCCUCCCCCCCCUUUUCCCCAACGAUUGGCAAAGAAAGUGGAAGAUGGAAAGUUCCUCAAGUUCAUAGAUCGAUUAAAGGGGCUUUCAAUAAAUAUUCCAUUGGUUGAGGCUCUUGAACAAAUGCCCGGUUAUGCGAAGUUCAUGAAAGAUCUCGUGACCAAAAGAAGGAACCCCGGCAGUGAAACAUUGGGGGGCACUCAUCAUUGUAGUGCAAUCGUCACCAAAGCUUUGGUGCACAAAAAAGAAGACCCCGGAGCAUUCACAAUUCCAUGCACCAUCGGUAAAUACAAGUUUGCUAAAGCUUUAUGUGAUCUUGGAGCAAGCAUCAAUUUGAUGCCGCUUUCUAUAUUCAACAAGUUGGGAUUGGGCACCCCCCGUCCCACCACGAUGAGAUUACUUAUGGCGGAUAGAACUGUAAAGAGGCCUACUGGCAUUCUUUAUGAUGUGCUUGUAAGAGUGGAUAAAUUUAUUUUUCCGGCCGAUUUUGUGAUCUUGGAUUGUGAAGUUGACUUUGAAGUUCCCAUAAUCUUGGGAAGACCAUUCUUAGCCACAGGGCGUGCCCUCGUGGAUGUGGAAAGAGGUGAUCUGAAAUUUAGAAUGAAUGAUGAAGAGAUCACUUUCCAUAUUUGCAAGUCAAUGAAACAACCGGCGGAUAUGAGUGUUGUGUCGGUUAUUGACACAAUUGAUGAAGCAAUGGAGACAACCAUAGAACAAGAGCAUAUAGGUGAUAUGUUGGCGGCGGUGAUAAUGAAUUAUGAAUGGGAUGACGAAAAAGAAUUUGAGGAGAUGGUCAAUGCACUGAUUGGAAUGGGGUCUUAUCACUUCAAUCCAAAGAAACUCGAUCUUGACUUGGAAAACCGAGCUACUCCUCCUGCAAAACCUUCAAUUAUUGAGCCUCCUACUUUGGAACUCAAACCUCUUCCUUCACAUUUGAGGUAUGAGUUUCUUGGACUCAACACCACAUUGCCUGUGAUUAUUUCUGCCCGGUUAACGGAUGAGCAAAGAGAAAGGUUGAUGGUGAUCUUGAGAAGAUACAAAAAAGCUAUCGGGUGGAGUAUUGCGGAUAUUCAAGGGAUUCCACCCGGUAUUUGCACACAUAAAAUUCAGCUUGACGAAGACUGUGAGCCAAGUGUUGAACAUCAAAGGAGGUUAAAUCCUCCCAUGCAAGAGGUCGUAAAAGUUGAGAUAAUCAAGUGGUUAGAUGCCGUGGUUGUGUACCCCAUUUCGGAUAGCUCAUGGGUGAGUCCGGUUCAAUGCGUACCAAAAAAAGGUGGGAUCACCGUGGUUGCAAAUGAUAAAAAUGAGUUGAUUCCCACUCGCAAGGUCACCGGAUGGCGUGUUUGCAUGGAUUAUCGGAAGCUGAAUAAGUGGACCAAAAAGGACCACUUCCCAAUGCCAUUCAUGGAUCAAAUGCUUGAUAGGCUUGCGGGUAGGGAUUAUUAUUGCUUCCUUGAUGGGUAUUCCGGGUACAACCAAAUCAGCAUUGCCCCCGAGGACCAAGAGAAAACUACUUUCACUUGUCCUUAUGGGACCUUUGCUUUCAAGAGAAUGCCUUUUGGGUUAUGUAAUGCACCCGCAACAUUUCAACGUUGCAUGAUGUCUAUUUUCUCCGAUAUGGUUGAGGAAUCCAUUGAAAUCUUCAUGGAUGACUUUUCCGUAGUUGGGGAUUCCUUUGAUGAAUGCUUGCUGAAUCUUGCCCAAGUAUUGAAACGAUGUGAAGAGACAAAUUUGGUUCUAAAUUGGGAGAAGUGCCUCUUCAUGGUUAGAGAAGGCAUCGUCUUAGGGCACAAGAUUUCGGAAAAGGGGCUUGAAGUCGAUCAAGUCAAGAUUGAGGUUAUUGUUAAGCUUCCCCCUCCAAUUUCCGUUAAAGGUGUUCGUAGCUUCCUUGGGCAUGCCGGGUUUUAUAGAAGAUUUGUCAAGGAUUUCUCGAAAAUAGCCAACCCUCUAUGCAAGUUGUUGGAGAAGGAGUCGAAGUUUGUAUUUGAUGAUGCUUGUUUGAAGGCAUUUGAGGUUUUGAAAGAGAGACUCACAUCGGCUCCUAUCAUCAUUGCCCCGGACUGGUCUCAACCCUUUGAGCUGAUGUGUGAUGCAAGUGGCUUUGCCAUGGGGGCUGUUCUUGGCCAGAAGCGUGAUAAGAUUUUUCACCCAAUUUACUACGCAAGCAAGACUCUGAACAGUGCCCAAAGGAAUUACACUGUCACAGAACAGGAAUUGCUAGCAAUUGUGUUUGCCUUCGAGAAGUUCCGGGCUUAUUUGUUGGGCACCCAUGUGAUUGUUCACACCGAUCACGCAGCCUUACGUUAUCUCAUGACAAAGAAAGAUGCAAAACCGAGAUUGAUACGUUGGGUCCUUCUUUUACAAGAGUUUGACUUUGAAGUCAAAGAUAGAAAGGGGUGUGAAAAUCAAGUGGCGGACCACUUGUCUCGUCUUGAAGAGGGUGGGCGUCCAUUGGAUGGCCUAGAAAUCAAUGAGUCAUUUCCAGAUGAGCAAGUAAUGGCAGGGUCGCAUGACAUGAUCCCUUGGUAUGCUGAUUUUGCUAACUUUCAUGCAAGUGACAUUAUGCCGGGGGACUUGAAUUUCCACCAAAAGAAGAAGUUUUUAAGUGAUGCCCGGAAAUUCUAUUGGGACGAGCCAUAUCUAUUCAGGGUUUGUGCCGACAACAUCAUAAGGAGGUGCAUACCCGAAGUAGAAAUGAUGCCCAUCAUCGAAGCUUGUCACUCAUCACCGGUUGGUGGACAUCAUAGUAGUGCAAGAACGGCGGCUAAGGUUCUGCAAAGUGGCUUUUAUUGGCCUACAAUCUAUCAAGAUGCACAUGAUUUUGUGAAAGCUUGUGAUCAAUGUCAAAGGCAUGGAGGCAUCUCGAGGAGGCAUGAGCUACCGAUGACCCCGAUUCUUGAGGUCGAAUUGUUUGAUGUAUGGGGCAUUGAUUUUAUGGGACCAUUUGUAAGCUCCUACAGCAACAAGUACAUUCUGGUAGCAGUAGACUACGUGUCUAAAUGGGUGGAAGCCAUCGCACUCCCCAACAAUGAAGGAAGAAGUGUCACUGCAUUCUUGAAAAGGUAUGUUUUCUCCAGGUUCGGAACUCCAAGGGCAAUCAUUAGUGACGGGGGCUCUCAUUUCUGCAAUCGAUUAUUCAGAACUCUUCUUGAGAAGUAUGGGGUCAAGCAUAAAGUUGCCACCCCGUAUCAUCCCCAAACAAGUGGCCAAGUUGAGGUUUCAAAUAGAGAGAUCAAGAGCAUACUUUCCAAAACUGUGAAUGCUAACCGGACUGAUUGGUCAAAAAAAUUGGAUGAUGCUCUAUGGGCAUACCGAACAGCCUACAAGACCCCAAUUGGCAUGUCUCCAUAUCAAUUGGUAUUUGGAAAAGCUUGUCAUCUCCCGGUAGAACUCGAACAUAAGGCAUUGUGGGCCUUGAAAAAGUUGAAUCUAGAAUGGGGUGAUGCCUCAAACUUGAGGUUGGAACAGAUUAACGAGCUCGAUGAAUUCCGACUUAAAGCAUAUGCGAGUUCUGCACUCUACAAGGCCCGCAUGAAACACUUCCAUGAUAAAAAGAUCUUGUCAAGAGAAUUUAGCCCCGGGGAUCGUGUAUUGUUGUUUAAUUCAAGGCUCAGGCUGUUCCCUGGAAAAUUGAAAUCCAAAUGGUCUGGACCCUUUGAAGUGACACAAGUGUACCCGCAUGGAGCGAUCGAAAUCGCUUGUCCGAAUGGAGAUCGUAUCAAGGUGAAUGGACAGCGGGUUAAGCAGUAUUUGGGCCUCCCGAAUGAGUUGGAGACAAAGAGUAUUGAGGAGAUCUACCUCAAUGAACCAUGAAGGAAAAGUCACCACGUCGUGCCGCGACGUAAAAAUCAAGCGCUUCUUGGGAGGCAACCCAAGCUGGUAUUUUUAAUGUUUUGAUUGUUUUUGUUUUGUGGUAUACAUUUACGUUGUUUUGUGUUUAUUUUGUUGUUUCAGUGAUCGGGACGAUAUGGGAUUUAUACAAGGACUGAUCAAGGGAUCAUAAAAAAAAAAAAAAAAAAAAAAAAAAAAAAAAAAAACAACAACAACAACACACUCUGCGGCGUCACUGCUUCUUCGCAUGAUGAACAUGCGAUACCGCAGGUGAAGUCGCAACUGCUGCCACAAGAAUUGUGGAAUUAGUCACUCUCUGACACACUAUGCGGUUAUACUGCAGUCCCGCAAGUUGAACAUGCGGGACGCAGAAAUUGGACGCAUAGUGUGCAAAAGGAUGGCAAGGACUAAUCGA